GCGCAUUCCCCCUCGCUCUCUCGAUCGAUCUUACCUCGCACCUCGACACGUUCAAUUCAAACCAUCUUUCGACCUCGAUUUAACAAUAUCCUUUCGCUACCUCGUCGUCACUUCACCUUACAGUUCACCUCCAAAUACUUGCCAAGUCGAUAUCAAAAGCAAAUUACCAUGUCCGCCUCCACCCAGAUCGCCGUCUUGCUCGAGAACGACGUCCUCGUCUCUUGCGAUGAGACCGACGCUAUUACCGUCGAGGGCAACUUUUACUUCCCCGAACAGAACUUGAAGCACCGGGAGAGGUUCGAGGAGAGUGGGACGCAUACCACUUGUGGAUGGAAAGGCGAGGCUUCGUACUACAACUAUAAGAGGGAGGAUGGGACCGUCUUGAAGGAUAUCGCUUGGUUCUACCCCAAACCCAAAUCCGGGGCUGAACAAGUUGCUCAGAGGGUCGCUUUUUACGUCGGCAAGCAGGGGUUGAAGAUCGGGGAACCGAGUGUUGAUGCUCCGAAGAUCUAGACUGAGUUCAGGCUCGGAAAGGUUGUGGAUUAGCGAUAGAGCGAGGAGGGAGAAGCGCGAGUAAGGGGGUUAUCGUAGUGAUCGUAGUGAUGUUAUGUAUUUGAAUAGAAUGGUCGAAGAGCGAUAUGGGUCGCAGACGUGGUGUGGAAGAGAGAUUGAGAUGGAUGUGAAGAUCGUGAA